GUCGUGUGUUUGUGUCUCUUUAUUCCUGCAGUAAAAUGGCAGAAGCCAGAUUUUCUCAGGAUGAGCUUUCGUGUCCAGUGUGUCUGGAUCUCCUGAAGGAUCCAGUGACCAUCCACUGUGGACACAGUUACUGUAAGAUCUGUAUUACAGACUGCUGGGAUCAGGAGGAUCAGACGAGAGUCUACAGCUGUCCUCAGUGCAGACAGACCUUCAGUCCAAGACCUGCUUUAGCUAGAAACACCAUGCUGGCUGAACUGGUGGAGAAACUGAAGAAGACCAGACUCUCUGAUGACUGUUACGCUGGAGCUGGAGAUGUGCAGUGUGACGUCUGUACUGGAAGAAAACACAAAGCCGUCAAGUCCUGUCUGAUGUGUCUGAACUCUUACUGUCUGAAUCACCUCGAGCAACAUGAGAGUUUGUUUAAAGGAAAGAGACACAGUUUGACCGAAGCCACUGGACGACUGCAGGAGAUGAUCUGCCAGAAACAUGAGAAGCUUCUUGAGGUUUUCUGUCGCACUGAUCAGAAGUGUAUAUGUAUGCUGUGUAUGAUAGAUGGACAUAAAAACCAUGACACUGUAUCCGCUGCAGCACAGAGGACAGAGAAACAGAAGCAGCUGAAGGAGACACAGAAGACGCUCCAGCAGAGAAUCCAGCAGAGAGAGAAAGAUCUCCAGCAGCUGAGAGAGACUGUGGAGUCUCAUAAGCGCUCUGCACAGACAGCAGUGGAGGACAGUGAGAGGAUCUUUACUGAGCUCAUCCGCUCCAUUGAGAGAAGCCGCUCUGAGCUGAUACGACUGAUCAGAGAUCAGGAAAAGACUGCAGUGAGUCGAGCUGAAGAACGACUGGAGAAACUGGAGCAGGAGAUCAAUGAUCUGAGGAGGAGAGACACUGAGCUGGAGCAGCUUUCACACACACAGGAUCACAUCCAGUUCCUGCAGAGUUUCCAGUCUCUCUCAUCACCUCCUGAAUCUACAGAUGUUAAUGAUGAUCUCUUCAGUUCUCUCAUCUCUUUUAAUGACCUGAGAGAAUCUGUCCAUCAGCUGAGAGACAAACUGGAGGAUUUCUGUAAAGAGGAGCUGAAGAAGAUCUCAGACAGAGUCACAUUCACCAACAUUGUUCCCAGAACCAGGAAGGACUUCCUGAAAUAUUCCCAUCAGCUCACUCUGGAUCUGAACACAGUGAAUAAACACCUCCAUCUGUCUGAGAACAACAGAGUGAUUGCUGGCACUAACACAGUCCAGUCUUAUCCUGAUCAUCCUGAUAGAUUUGAUGGACAAUGUCAGGUGUUGUGUAGAGAGAGUGUGUGUGGACGCUGUUACUGGGAGAUUGAGUGGAGUGGAUAUGUGCGUAUAUCAGUGUCAUAUAAGAGCAUCAGCAGGAAGGGACAGGGUAAUGAGUGUAUGUUUGGAUCUAAUGAUCAGUCCUGGAGUUUGAUCUGCACUCCCUCCAGUUACUCUUUCAUGCACAGUAACAUAAAGACUGAUCUCCCUGUAAAGUCCAUCAGCAGUAGAAUAGGAGUGUUUGUGGAUCACAGAGCAGGAACUCUGUCCUUCUACAGCGUCUCUGACACAAUGAGCCUCAUCCACACAGUUCAGACCACAUUCACUCAGCCGCUCUAUCCUGGGUUUUAUGUUUGGCUUGGAUCAGUGAAACUGUGUUGAUUAAUCAGAAUAGAGUGACGAGAGAUUCUACCCAUAAUGCUUUGAGCUGCAUGAUACAUCAGUAACAGUGAUGUUAUAGAGUCUCUUCUCUUCAUUACAUUAAUACUGCAGCUGAACUUCUGUCACUGAAAUAAUGUCACAAUAAAUGUGUGUAAAAUCCUCAUGUUGACAGUAAAAUCAAUGUGUGUGU